CCAUUCCCCUUUGUCCUGUUCAUUUCCCUCUGGAGCUUGGACCGUGCAACCGCCCUUCUGCCCCCGCCCACCAGAGGAAGAAAUCCCCAAUUCCCAACGCCGAGCGGCGAGCCGGCAAUGUCCCUCCGCAAGCGCCAGCGUUCGGCGAGCAGCUCCCGGCUCAGCACCCUCUCGUCGCCGGCUCCCCACGCCGCCGCCGCCGCCGCCGCCUCCGCUUCCGCCUCCUCUCCUCCACUGUCGUUCCCCAACGCCGACCUCGUUCUCCGCCUCCACCUCGACCCCUGCCCGGACGAUGGCGCCGAUUUUGACGCCGGCGGAGAAGAUCAGCGGGGUUCGGAGGCGCCCUCCCUCGACCUCCACGUCUCCUCGGCGUCCCUGCUCCGCUCCCGCUACUUCGGCGCUCUCCUGUCCGACCGUUGGAGCCCCGCCCCCUCCUCCGCCGCAGGCGGGCACCUCUCCCUCGCGGUGGCCGCCGCGUACUCCUGCGCGCACCCUUUCCACGCACACGUCGAGGUCGUCCGCCUCCUCCACACGCUCGACUUCGCCGGCGCCAUCCACUCGCCCGCCGACGCCCUCGACAUCCUCCCCGUCGCGCUCCAGCUCCUCUUCGACGCGUGCGUCGAGGCGUGCACACGAUUCCUCGAGGCCGUCCCCUGGUCGGCGGAGGAGGAGGCCCGCGUCCUCGAGCUCGCGCCUCUCCUCCCCGCCGUUGAGGCUGCCGACCUCCUCGUUAGGAUCACACCUCCCCCAGCCGCCUCCUCCUCUGCUGCUGGGGGCGAGGCCGCCAGGUCGCCCUCCGAGGCGAUGCUGCACGGCUUGAUCCACUCCGCCAUCCAUGGCCACCCGGUCCCUGCUGCAACCAAGGCGUUCGUCGCGAUGCUCCUCAAGGACUACCCCUCCCGUGACUGCGUGCAGAAGGUGCUUGAUGAGGCAUUUCUGUCACGGCUGGAGACUGUCAAGGAGCUCAUGGGGAAGUAUGCGAGCCCGGACUUCAGGGUUGCGGUGGAUAGCGAUGAGCGGGAGGCAAUACAGAGGCUGAACCUGCAGUCCGCGGUAUUGAAUGUGAGGCACUUGCUUUGGCUCAUUGAGAGGAUGGUGGAAAUGAGGGUGGCCGAUAAUGCAGUUAAGCUAUGGAGUGAGCAGGCUGCACUGACCGCUGAUCUGCAGAAGUUGCUGAAUGAUGUGGAUAUGUGGAAGAAUAUUACUCCUGGGCUUCCUGUGCUUGUUACCAGAUGCACUCUCAGGUUCGCCCAUUCGGUUGUGAAUGGGGAGACACUAGUUCCUCGUCAGGUGAGGACGAAGCUUGUCAAAAGUUGGCUACCUGUCCUAAAUGUCUGCAGGAACAUGGUUCAGCCUAUGCAGUGUGGAUACAAGUCCCCAAAUUGCCAAGAGCUGGAGGAGACAUUUCUCCAGAUCAUCUCCACCUUGCCUGUCCCGGAUGCUCAGGAGCUUCUUCAACAGUGCCUCGGGUUCUCCACUCGCAAUGUUGAUGACUGCCCGCACUUGGUCGCUGCCUUCAAGACAUGGUUCAGGCGUGCUGGCCGGGCUCCACAAGGCGCGGAGAAUUGAGAGGUGCCUUGCUGCUAAUGUUUGCCUUGCCAGCGUGUAC